AUGCGCCCUGUCCUCCUCCUCGCUGGGUUGAUUCUGGCUCUGUCCGUCCCUCCCGCUACUUCCGAGUCAGCUGAGCUGAGGUUCCUGGGGCAAACUCACUUUGUGGUUGAUGAGAGCAGCAGAACUGUGGUUCGGCUGGUGGUGGAGAGAGUGGGGGAUCCCGUCAAUGUAACAGCGCUGGUUCUGCUGGAGGGUGACGAUACAGGGGACUUUGAGGCCACUACGGCCGCAGCCUUCCUGUUGUCCUCCGAGGCCAGUAAGACCAUCUUCAUCGCUGUGAAAGAUGAUGAGCUGCCUGAGGCAGAUGAAACCUUCACGUUCAUACUCAAACUGCAGAGCUCAUCCAAUGGAGUGAGACUGGGAACGCCAAACAAAGCGACCAUCACCAUCCUUUCCAAUGACAACGCCUUUGGAAUCAUUGCCUUCAACUCAACUGAGGAGAUCAUAGUAAAUGAACCAAGAGAAGAGAACCGGUAUGUGCCUCUGACACUUAUCAGAGAAAGAGGAACAUAUGGGACUGUGACAGUGAACUUUGAGGUCUCAGGAGGUCCAAAUCCCUCCAUCGAUGACCUCAGUCCAGACCGAGGGAACAUCACUAUUCCCCCAGGGAAGGCUGUGGUGGUUUUCAGCAUCCUUAUCCGGGAUGAUCAGAUCCCAGAAAAUGAUGAAGUGUUUUCAGUCAGACUGACAGGCGUGGCUGGCGGGGCCCUCCUCAGGCCCAACGGCAGUAGCGUCCAGCUCAGAAUCCGCCGCAACGACAGCCCGCUGCGGUUCCUCCAGUCUGUUCUGGCGGUGCCGGAAACGGCCAGAGUCAUCUCCCUCACUGUGACCCGGGGUCGGUUGACCGAGGAUGGCCCACUGGUCGGCUCUGAUGACACUGAGGUGUCAAUUGAUUACAUUGUGGUGAGCGGCGAGGGAGCGGGCAGUGCCACACCGUCUGUGGAUUUCUUUGAUUUACAGCCUGUCCGAACCGUAACAUUCCCGCCGUUUGUGUACGAGGCCAGCCUGCUGUUUAACAUCAGCGAUGACGAGGUGCCAGAGAUUGCAGAAUCCUUCCAUCUGGUUCUUUUGGAGGAUACUGUCAGAGGAGAUGUUGUCCUAGUCCCGCCCAAUGCUGUGCUUGUUACUAUCGAGCCCAAUGAUAAGCCCCACGGCGUCCUGUCAAUUAGCAGCAUCUCACACAUUCAGCCAAUCAGCAUCAAUGAGGAUCUUACACAGAGAUUUGACGGUAUAUCUAUUGUAAGGAAUGGCGGGAACUAUGGCGAUGUUUCUGUCAACUGGACCAUUAGUCGGAACUCCAGUGACCGCUCCCUUGUGUCCGACGACCUGAGCCCCGAUGCUGGGAUGCUGCGAUUUGGUGCUGGCCAGAUAAGUGCUGUUCUCCCUUUAAACAUCGUGACAGAUGACGUACCGGAGGAAGCAGAGGCUUUUGUUCUCAAACUGCUGCCUGAUACAGUGACCGGAGGGGCGGAAGUGGAUGAACCCAUGGAGAUGGUAUUCUACAUCCAAGACAGCGAUGAUGUCUAUGGGAUGUUUCGGUUCCACCCGCAGGAAGAGCAAAGCAUCCAGAGCCAUCCGGAGGGUCGAUUCCUGUCCCUCAGUUUCCUGCGAGAGGGUGGCACAUUGGGUAAGGUGUCCCUGACUCUCACGGCUCUCUACAUUCCCACUGGGCCGUUGGACCCAUCCCUGGCCCGUGACCAUGUUCUGAAUGGAAGCAGGUCUGUCAGUGUGGUAUUCUCCCAUGGCCAGGAGCAGGCCCACCUCAUCUUGCCCAUCAGGAAUGAUGCCUUUCUGCAGAAUGGGGCUCAUUUCCUUAUACAGCUGGACAAAGUGGAGCUAGCUGAUAUCAGUCCCCACAUCCCCUCGGUUAGCCCAAGGUUUGGGGGAUCUCUCAACUUGACGCUGACUGUUACUAGUGACAUUGCUAAUGGGGAGAUUGGCUUCACCAACAACACUACAGUGGUGGUUUAUGAGCCAGAGGACACCAACGCUAGCACGGUUACCCUCACACUGCGGCGUGAUGGGACGGAUGGUCAGGCUGUUGUGUACUGGAGUAUCAAACCUAUCGGAGCAAACCAUGAGGAUGUAACCCCCGAUGACCUCGAGCCUUUGAGUGGUUCGGUUGUCUUCCUCUCCGGACAGAGUGAUGCCACCAUCAACCUCACUGUCAUGGCUGACGAUAUCCCUGAGGUCAACGAAACCCUACUGCUGACUCUGGAUAGGAGCAAUGUUGACAACCAAAUCUUGAAGUCCGGCUUCACCAGCAGAGAAAUCAUCAUUAUGGAGAAUGAUGAUCCCGGGGGAGUCUUUGAGUUCUCACAAUUCUCCAGAGGUCCAUGGCUCAUCAAUGAGGGUGAGGCUGUAGAACUGCGUGUGGUGCGGGCCCAGGGACAGCUGCUGAAACAGCUGGUACGCUACACCGUCACACCGUUGGGUAACACUGAGUUCUACGGUGCAACGGGCAUCCUAGAAUUUAAACCAGGGGAGAGGGAGGUGGUGGUGGCACUGGUGGCACGGCCUGAUGGGGUGCCCGAGCUGGAUGAGACCUUCUCUAUGGUCCUUAGCAGCCACAGUACUCCACCCAGUCGUCUAGGCGAUCACAGGGAGGUCAAGAUCACAGUGCGCAAGAAUGACGACCCUUAUGGGGUCAUCGAGUUCAUCCAAUCAGGACUGAUGGAGGCCAUCAAUGAGAGCAAAGGCAGCGAAAUAUAUCAGGCGGUUUACCCUAUAAUGAGAAACAGGGGUGGGUUUGGAGAGGUGUGGGUCUCCUGGUUGCUUGAGCCUGCUAUGUCUGGGGACAUCACACCUGUCCAGGGAAACAUUACCUUUGAAGAGGGGGAGUACCUGAAAAACCUCACUGUCUUCUCUGUGCCUGAUGAGAUCCCCGAGGACGUGGAGAGUUUCACCAUCACACUGUUGAGUGCUACAGACGGAGCAAGACUAGGAAACAUACUCAAUGCCAGUUUACAGGUUAACAAGAACGACGACCCGAUUUACUUCGCUGAACCUGUGGUUGUCCGGCUUCAGGAAGGGAGCGUGGCCAACUUCACCGUUUUGAGGGCAGGAAAGGCAGACUUUUUGGCAACGGUGAUGUACCGUAUAGAGAACGGUCACACGUUGCCAGGUGACUUCACCAUGCUAAGUAAUGAUACGGUGCUGGUAUUUGACGUGGGUGAAUGGAUGAAGAACAUCUCUGUGGCUGCGGAAGAUGACAACGUACCUGAGAGCGACGAACCAUUUUACAUUAUUCUGUAUAAUACCACUGGUGAUGCUGUUGUGUAUGGAGUGGACACAGCUACAGUGGUGAUUGAGGCCAAUGAUGAUGCCAAUGGGAUUUUCUCCUUGGACUCCACUGAGAAAGCUGUGGAAGAGGGCAGGACUAACAACUUCUUUGUCCUGCGUGCUAGGGGUCAUUUUGGUGAUGUGACAGUGUUUUGGCAGCUGUUUGCCAAUGACUCACUGACUCCACUGGAAGAAGGCCAAGAGUUUACCAACACCUCCGGCUCCAUCACGCUCACCACAGGCCAGGAGACCAAGCCAAUUCUCCUCGAGGCCAUCUCUGAUAAACUGCCAGAGUUCAACGAGUACUUUGUCCUCCGACUGGUCAAUAUCUCAGGUGGCUAUCCAGGAGAUGGUGGGCGGUUGGCUGGGACAUCCCUGAAUGCCUCUGUCCUCAUCCCUUUCAACGAUGACCCAUUUGGUGUCUUUGCCAUCGCUGAAGACAACCUGGACCAGGAAGUGGCAGAGGAUGUACUGUCUCAAGAUGAUAUGUCUGAUGUCACUUCCUUCACCAUUCUCAGACAGCAGGGCACUUUUGGUGACGUGCGGGUUGCCUGGGAGAUUGUUUCUGGUCAUUUCCCAGAAGGCCUACCCCUGAUGGAUGACCUCCUCCUUGAAGCCUCCUUCCCACAGGAGGUUGAGCUCAGGCCCCAUGCCAGGAGACACCACUCCGGCACUGAUGCAUGGUUCUUCUCUGGCCUCCCAGGAGCCUAUGGGACCAUCUCCCAAGAGGAUGGAUCUGCUCCUUUGGGAAAUUUCACGUUUUCUGCUUGGCUGGUGCCGAAGCUAGACACCAACGGGUUUAUAGUCUCCAAAGGAACAAGGAACGGGACAUUAUAUUAUGGAGUCAAGGUCCACACCAAUGAGUCUCACAUCGCUGUGAUGCUGUUCUAUACAGCCAUAGGAACAAAUAGUACACAGGUGGCCAGGGCCAUGGCUGAGAAGUUUGUGGAGGAUAAUGUGUGGUUACAUAUUAUCAUUACGGUGGAUGAUGGGAUUAUUGAAUUCUUCUUAGAUGGGGUCCCCAUACUUGGAGGACUGAAGAGCAUCAAAGGAAUGGGAAUUGCUGACGGACCUUCUCCAGUGAUUAUCGGGUCAGAUCCUGAUGGUGAACAACGUUACACAGGCCUUCUCCAGGAUGUCCGCUUGUAUGGUACGAGGUUGAAUCGCAGCCAAAUCCAUGAGCUUCACACCCAGCCUGCCAAAACAGACCUGCGUAACAUCUCGGGCUACCUUCAGUACCGGCAGGAAGAGAAAAAGAAGUCCUUUGUAGUGGAGGUCCGAGAUGAUAAGGAGGAAGAGGGCGAGGAAGUCUUUUAUCUACAGUUGGUGGCAGUGCAUGGUGGAGCACGCCUCCCUGUUCCCAGACCAACUGCUACACUGCGAAUCAUGAAGAGUGACAAUGCCAAUGGGCUUUUUGGAUUCACUGGCGCCUGCAUACCUAAUACCACCAAGGAGGGUUCCACUAUCUCAUGUGUAAUUGAGCGCAUGAGAGGAGCUCUGGACGUUGUCUAUGUCAACUACACUGUUACCCAGUUGUACAGCACAGACAGUGAGACCCCUGCACAUCAGGAUUUUGCUAAUGCUACUGGAGCGGUGAUUUUUAUGCCUGAACAACGUUCUGAGGUAUUGAACCUCCUGGUUGUGGAUGAUAACCUGCCAGAGCUGGCAGAGUCCUUCCAGGUCACACUGGCGUCAGCAGAAUCAGGUGACGGGAAGCCAGGCUCCACCCCUUCCAGCGGAGCAAGUAUCGACCCUGAAAACGGCGUCAACAUUGUGGCUGUCACCGCAAGUGACCACCCCUACGGCCUAUUCCAGUUCCAGCCUAGGCCGCCGGAGGACGGGCUUAUCUCCCCAGCCUUAGAACCUGCUCAUAUCACUGUUAAUGAGGAGGACGGAGAAGUUCACCUGAGGGUGGCCAGGGCCCAAGGCCUCUUGGGAAGAGUCUUGGUUGGGUAUAGGACAACCCCCUUCACAGCAUCCAGUCCCGAGGAUUAUGAGGACUCAGAGGGAGUGUUGGACUUCCUGCCAGGGGAGAGGUUGAAGUUCAUCUCAGUGACCAUAAUAGACAACGCUGUGCCUGAACUGGACAAACGGUUCAGAGUAGAGCUCUACAAUCCUGAUGGCAGCGUGGAUCAGUUCCUGCGUGGUGAAGGAAGUGGUAGUGGGGAGAGUGACUCUGACUUUCUACUUUCAUCCUAUCACCAUCGUGCCAGUCUGGGAGUUGCUUCCCACAUCACUGUGACCAUCGCAGCUUCUGAUGAUGCCCAUGGAGUAUUCCAGUUCAGCUCUGACUCCCUUGCUGCCGAUGGGACAGAACCAGAGGAUGGACAUGGCUCUGUGGUCCUACAGGUGGUUCGGUCCUUUGGUGACCUUUCCAAUGUGACUGUGUAUUGGGAGGCUGACCCAAGUUCAGAGGAAGACCUUCUCAGCAGGUCUGGGAAUGUCACCUUUGGCAUUGGUCAGACCAAAGGCAACAUCAUUCUCAGAGUAGCCCCUGAUGAACUGCCUGAGCUGGACAAGAGCUUCAAUGUGUCCUUGACAAAUGUCUCACACGGUCGCCUGGGUACCCAGACCUCUUCCACUCUGACCAUACUUGCCAGUGAUGACCCAUAUGGUGUUUUUGUGUUUGCUGAUGACACUAGACUUGUCCGCCUUCCUGAAGCUGACUCCACAGUGGACCUAACCAUUCGCCGACACAGGGGUCUGAUGGGAAAGGUGCGUGUGACAUACAAGACACUGAGUGAGGCAGAUCCAGCACCAUACACGACCCCAGGGGUGGGCCGGGCCAGCGAGGGGCGGGACUUUGUCCCUGUCCUCCAAUCUGUUGUUUUCUCGGCUAAUCAGAGUGAAGCAAACAUCAGCAUCCAGGUGCUGGAUGAUGAAGACCCAGAGAGAGAUGAGUCUGUGUUUGUGGAGCUGAUCAGUGUUCAUUUAAUCGAAGGAGCACAGGAGAGACUGAUUGCCAGCUCCCCUCGUCUGGGUCUCAAGGUAGAGACUGUGGCCCAGGUUAUCGUGGAAGCCAGCGACGAUGCCUUUGGAACCCUGCAGUUGUCGACGCCUGCUGUCAGUGUGGCGGAGCACUACGUUGGACCCAUCAUAAAUGUGACCCGCAUAGGGGGCAUAUUUGCUGAUGUUUCCGUCAAGUUCAGAGCAGUGCCUAUGACUGCACGAGUCAGUGAAGACUACAGUGUAGCUUCCAGUGAUGUGGUGCUCCUCGAAGGGGAGUCUAGUAAGGCUGUACCAAUCUACAUCAUCAAUGAUGUGGUCCCUGAGCUGGAGGAGACCUUCCGCAUUGAGCUGAUCAAUCAGACCACUGGAGGAGCUCUACUGGGAGAACUCACCCGUGCCAUUAUCACCAUAUUGCCUUCUGAUGACCCCUUUGGUGCAUUUGUCUUCCAGGCCGCUCCAGUCACUGUAGAGGAGCCAGGCUCAAACUCCAUUGACGUCACCCUGCCUAUCAUUCGUAAUGCCGGGACCAUUGGCACUGUGGCCGUCCAGUGGGAGGCCACAGUGAGUGGUCAGCUAGCAGUGGGGGACAUCAGACCCACGUCUGGGGAGAUUGUCUUUGCUCCUGGCGAGACUCUAAAAAUCCUUACAGUGGAAAUUCUUGCUGAUGAUGUUCCUGAGAUCACUGAGAUUAUCAAGGUUGAGUUGACUGGUGCCAGUAAUGGGGGAAGCCUUGGAACAGAGACAUCUGUUAGCAUUAUAGUACCUGCUAAUGACAACCCAUAUGGCACCGUCCACUUUGAACAAAAUGUGUACCGUGUUCAGGAGCCAUUGGAGGGAAUUUAUGUGGCCAACAUCACAGUCCGUAGAAGUGGUGGUUUCUUUGCUCGUAUUGAGAUUCUCUACAGCACCUCAGAGAUUGACGUCGUUGGCUCAGCCCAGACGGAGGGCCAUGACCUGCUAAUUUACUAUGACUCCCCAAUAGCAGGCCUUCCCUCUAGUGUCCCCCACAGGGCAGUCAACAUCACUGCACAGGGAGAUCCCCUGGUGACCUGUGCAGCCGCCUGCCUGCGAGAACAAGCCUGUGAGGCUUUUUCUCUCUCUUCAGGUUUGAACCCACCAUCCUGUACUUGGGUGACCUCUGGCGCUGACCAGCUGACCCCUGGAACUCAGGCCAUGACAUAUGUGAAAAAUGUCACCGCAGCUGCCAUCCUCUUCAGUGCUCAAGCUGUGGCCGGGAGUGAUUACACCACGAUGACGGCUCAAAGUGCCUUCAUGGAGGAUGAGUCAGGGGUUGCUAACCUCACUGUCCCCAUCUUGACUGACAAAUUCCCUGAGAUGGACGAGAGUUUCUUCAUCCAGAUCCUAAAGGUAGAGCUGGUGAAUCUGACUGUGGCAGAGAAGAACAUGCCCUCCAUUGGCCAGCCAGACAAGGCUGUGGUAACUAUAGGGAUGAAUGGUGACACGUUCGGGGUGUUUCUGAUGUACAUUAUCAGUCCCAAUGCCACCGAGGAGGGGCUCUAUCUUGAGAUCCGGGAAGAACCCAUGGUUGUUGUGCCCCUCGUCAUAGAGAGGAGAGGGGGAAGUUUGGGAAGGGUUACCAUAGAGUGGAGGUUUGUUGGAGGAAAAGCCACACCAGACACUGACUUCACUGGCACUGGGGGAACUCUGGUUUUUGCAGAUGGUGAUGUGAAAAAGAUGGUAGAGAUAGGAAUCAGAGAUGACAGUGAGCCAGAGGACAGCGAGAGCCUCAUGAUUGGUCUGGUAAAGACGGAGGGAGGAAGUCGAAUCCUCCCCAGCUCUGACACUGUGACCAUCGUGAUACUGGCCAAUGACAAUGUAGCUGGGAUACUAGGCUUCCAUCCAGCCUCGCGCUCUAUCGUCACCAGAGAGGGUGAGAAGGUGUCUUUGUUAGUGAUGAGGACAGCUCCAGGUCUGGGUAAUGUCACAGUGGACUGGAUCGUCCAAGGGCCUCUGGUAGACAGAACAUUCACCCAAACCUCAGGGACACUUUUCUUCACUCAGGGAGAGCUGAAUGACACCAUAGUCCUGCAACUGCUUGAAGAUGCCACACCAGAAGACAAGGAUGAAUACAAAGUGGUCCUGUCCAACUUGCGCACUUUUGGUGUGCUGGUGACAGGCCAUGCAGCAUUGGACAUUCAGGGCAGCAAGGCCGUGGUUACUGUUGAAACCAGUGACGAACCCUAUGGGAUGUUAAGCAUCGCCUCGUCCUCCCUCAGGGUGACUACGGAGGAGGGCGAGAGAACUGUUAACAUCUACAUCAACAGGGAGUUUGGAGCUUCAGGAGCCAUAAACAUUACCUACGAGGCUGUGAGAGGUUCUCUCCAGGACUUGUCCCAGGUAGAGGGGGCUCUCGCUGACCCAGGACAAGAUUUCAUCUCUGAGACCGGCUCAGUCAUCCUUCAGGAUGGACAGACCUCUGUCGCCAUCCCUGUCACCAUACUGGAUGAUGAUGUCCCAGAGUUACAGGAGUUCUUCUUGGUCAACAUAACAUCAGCAGUGCUCAUCACAACCCUCACAACUGCCCCUAGACUAGUAGAGGUUGUGUUUUGCACUCUCCCAGACACCCAGGAAAUGGUGGCAGAGGUCACAAUAGUUGCAAAUGAUGGAAUCAGAGGUGUCAUUGAAUGGACAAAUACCAUGUUUGAAGUAAAUGAGACGACAGAGGUGCUUACACUCGUGGCCUACAGGAACAAAGGAACGUAUGGAAAUGUCUCUCUCCUCUUCUAUGCUCAGAACCUGGAGGCUCAGCAAGGACUGGACUAUAAUGCCAGCCAAACAAUGCUUCAUUUUGUUGAUGGCGAAAGGCAUAAGUUUGUGGAGGUGCAAGUCAUCGAUGACAUAAUUCCGGAGGGAGCUGAGAGAUUCCAACUCAUCCUCUCUAAACCUUCUCCUGGACUUGAGCUGGGCAUCAAUACCACUGCAACUGUGAGUAUCCUGGCCAGUGAUGAUGGGCACGGUGUCAUUUCCUUCAACAGCAGUGAACAUUUCCUGCUGAGGGAGCCAACGUCUGUGUCAGGGCUGGGCAAGAGUGUGACGACCCUGUAUGUUGUCCGGAGCCCUGAAGAGGGCACAUUUGGCACCGUGACAGUUCAGUACACCAUUACAGAUGCCAAUGGCAGUUUGGCAGAGGGUGACCUGAUGCCAUCACAAGGUUUUGUGGUGCUGGAGGAAGGAGUCAGAUUCAAGAUGCUGGAAAUCUGGGCAGUUUUGGAUGCUGAGCCUGAGAUGAACGAGACGUUCACAGUGAGUCUGUCUAGACCAACAGGAGGUGCACGCCUGGGUAACCAGCUCUACACAUUCAUCACAGUGCUGGAGAACUUGGCUCCCUCUGGCCUGUUCCGUAUUGGACCCUCUCUCAACAGAACUAACACGGAAGUGGUGGCUGAGGAGGGUGGCAAGACCGUGUUUCUGACAGUGUCUCGUAGUAACGGCCUGGACUCAGCUGUCAGUGUGGAAUGGGAGACACAGUCUGGUACAGCUAUUGCCUCUGAGGGUAGUCUGUCAGUGAUGGGCGUGUACCAAACCUUUGAAGACAGCCACACCUCCGCUUGGUGCUCCAUCCCCAAAGAAGCCUCGUUCCUGGCUAUGAGGUUGGAUAGGAGACCCCCUGUUGGAUCCCCCCACACCCUUGCCACUCUCUACAGGUGGCAGGGGGUUUUUGUACCCAUAGAGUCUGUCAGAAUCCAAGACCCAAACUCAUGUGUGGGGUUUACCAUCAAUGGCUCUAGCUAUAUAGCCAUUACACACAGUGGUCCUCCCUUCUCCCCAGCAGCCAACCUCAGCAUCUUCAGACUGCAGAAAGACCUCAACAUCACACUGAAACAAACCAUAGGUAUUGAGGCUCUGGAUGUGAAACACUUCUCGAUUGAAAGCAGAGAUUACCUGAUAGCAUCAAGCCAGGUUUUCAUCAGGAUGGCAGGUUUCUUUACCCUCCUCCAGACCCUUGACUUCCAGGAUGCCAUCCGUAGCGUGUCUCCAUUCUCUCGUGGGCCUGUCCCCUACCUGGUGGUCUGCGUAGACAGGCAGACUGACGGCUGCUUCCUACUUCAGUGGACCAGUGGCAGAUUCCAGAAUCCUCAGCCUCUCCCGCUCACCAACAGAGCCAGUCAGGUGGAGGCAAUUCACACAAGAGCAGAAGACACUCUCCUAUUGGUUGUUAUCGAAGGUCCCUCUCCAUCGUGUGAGGUGUUUGCUUGGCGCUCAGGGCAGUCUCUGCCUCAGCAUUAUCAGUCUAUCCCCCACUCUGGCCUCACUUCCAUUCAUCCCUUCAUCUCUCCAUCAGGAAUAACCUAUGUCCUGCUGGCUGGAAUAAAUGGUUCAUCGCUCUACUCCUGGAGGUCUGAUGUCAGUCUGUUUUCCAUGGUCCUGCGGGCCCCUCCAGCCAAGAGUUUCCUGUCUCUGCUGGUCUCUUCACAUAACAUGUCCAAGUCCCUCUUGGCUUCCACAGAAGAAAAUGGUUCUACUGUCUAUGAAUUUUCUUCUGUGUCCAAUCAAUCUGAUUUCAUACCAAGUUAUGGCGAGUUGCUCUUUACACCGGGAGACAGUGAGCUGGAGAUAGCGGUGAAUAUCGUGGAUGAUGAUAUCCCUGAGGAGGAAGAGUACUUUCACAUUAGCCUGAAGAACCCAAAGGGUGGAGCUGAAAUUGGCUUCGGUGGUCAGGUGACCGUUAUCAUCCCAACCAGUGAUGACGCACAUGGAGUUAUUGGCUUUGCUCAGAAGUCUCUGUCUAUCGAGGUUGAGGAGCUGGAGCAGAAUAACCUUAUUUCUCUGAGUGUGGAGAGGAGGAGGGGAACUUUCGGCAGACUGACUGUUCACUGGGCUGCAAGUGGCAGCUUGGAAGAUAUCUUCCCCACCUCAGGAGUGGUAGCGUUUUCAGAGGGCCAAACAUUUUCCACCAUCUCACUGACUGUAUUAGCAGACCAGGUACCAGAGCUGAGGGAAAGUGUCACCAUCACCCUCAUGGAUGUCACCACGGUGGGGCUGGAGGAUCUACGGCAGGCUGCUGUCAUUGAUCAGCAGCGGGCACAGGCUCUCAUCACCAUCCUGCUAAAUGGUUCACCUUAUGGAGUGAUAGGGUGGCAUCUGGACUCCCAGUUUACCCUGACACAGGAACCAUAUAGAACACCAGUCAAUGUGACUCUGUCCAUAGUGAGGGAGCAGGGUUCUUCGGGUAAGGUGGCCGUCCAUUACCAGACAAGGCCAGCUCUGUUCCAACCGACAUCCAACCAGGCCUCAGCAGGAGAGGACUACACUGCUAAAGAUGAUACUGUUGUCAUGACUGAGGGUGCUGCUGUGGUCCUUGUCACCGUCACCAUCCUACCGGAUGACAUCCCAGAGCUGGCCGAGAGUUUCUUGGUAAACAUCACAAGUGUUGAAUUAGUCGGCGAGUCUCCUGUAGCAGGUAAGCCCAAUGUGAAGAGGCCUGGUAUGGAGAUGGCAGAAGUCACCAUUCAAGAGAAUGAUGACCCAAGAGGAAUUCUGCAGUUUAAUAUGUCUGAGGCUGUUCAUGGAAGGGUGCUGGCCUACGAGAUGCCACCACCAGACAAUAUCCUCCAUCUUAAAGUUGAGCGACUGGCUGGGAGAACAGGAAGAGUGGUAAUAUACUGGGAAGCGCAGCCAGCCACUGCCAGCCUUAAUGAUUUCAGCCCCACAUCCGGGAAUAUUACCUUACUAGAUGGGCAGAGAGAAGCCACAAUUGACAUCACUAUCACAGAUGACGAAGAAAUGGAGACUGCAGAGACUUUUACUGUGACUCUGCUACGUGUGAUUGGGGGGGCACGACUCGGGGAGUCAACCACUGUUACUGUGAGCAUUCCAUCCAAUGACUCACCUCUGGGACGAUUUGGAUUCCAGGACCAGGAAGUAACUGUCAGUGAGCCAGAGUUCACUGAGGACCCCACAGCUGUGGCGAUGCUAGCUGUUUUGCGGAGCACGGGAGGCGAGGGUUUUGUGGUACUGGUGUGGCAACUGGAGGAUCAGGCUAGAGAAGACCUUUCACCUUUAAAUGGAACCCUAGUCUUUACUGAGACUGAGUCCGUGAAGACAUUUGUGAUAAGAGCACUAGCCGACACUGUGCUGGAGGGAGACGAGAGCUUCACUGUUCAACUGUUUCCUGCCAAGAGUGGUGCUGUCAUUGACCCCUUAAAUGGCAUGGCCACGAUCACUAUCCGAGGGGACAAGGCAGCGCUGGGGAUUGUUGGGAUAGCAGAGUUCUCCAGGGACAUUAUAAUUGGAGAACCACUGGGAGAUUACAAUGGGACUGCUAUGGUCAGCCUUGUGCGAGGACCAGUCAUCUUUGGAGAGAUUCAGGUUUACUGGAACAUCACUCCAGAUGAGGCUUCAGAAUUUGAGGAGAUCUCUGGCAUUGUGACAAUGAGAGACAAGCAGUCUGUUGCUACCAUCAUCCUCAAGGCUGUUUAUGAUGAGGUGCCAGAGGAGCGCCAAGUGUACCAGCUGACCCUAACCUCUGCAACACCAGGGUUGGACAUCAGCCCCUCAGCCAGACAUGCCAGGGUUACCAUGGCAGCCAGUGACCAUCCUUAUGGCCUGUUUUCCUUCAUCCGGCCCCAGCUGAGGACCACCGAGGAGGAGGGAAAGGUGAACGGGACAGUGGUUCGCUCCUUUGGCAGCCUGGGCAGUGUGUGGGUGUCCUAUCAGACAUCAGACAACACAGCGGUUAGUGGAGAAGACUUCACCCCUGCCUCAGACCGACUACUCUUCACCCCUGGUCAGACCUCACAGCAAAUAACGCUGCAGAUCCAUGAUGACAACCUUCCUGAAGGGCCAGAGGUGUUUUACGUCAAUAUCACUGAAGUAAAACUCCUCAAUGUCAGUUCUGUGGACUACACAAUUAGAGAGUCAGGUCUCCAACUCGAUCAGCCUCCAGCUAUAGGUAACAUCUCCUCCGUUGCUGUAGUAAUCCUAAAGAAUGACAAUGCAGAAGGGAUCCUGGAGUUCCACCAGAACUAUGUCAACAUCACAGUUGAGGAGGAUGUGGGCUCUCUGUCCAUCGCUGUGGUUAGAAGAGCAGGUUCGUAUGGACCGGUUUCCGCUCAGUUUACCUCUCACGGCCUGACUGCGACCAGCAACCAAGACUACAUACUUAAUGAAGGAUCAGUAAUCUUCAGCCAUGGCCAGACUACCAGUCACAUCAACAUCACUAUUAUAGAUGACCUGGACAGCGAAUAUGCUGAGAUAUUUGAGGUCCAGCUUUUACGAGCUACAGGGGGAGCAGUCCUGGGUUUACACCAAGUUGCUUGGAUCACCAUUGCCAAAAGUGACUCUCGGAAUGGGCUGGUGCGUUUCCUUAAUGAAAGCCUUAUCACCGUGGUGAACCCUGACUCUACCCUGAAACUCAUCCUUGUUCUGGAGAGAGUAGGAGGCCUCGUGGGGAAUGGGACGAUUGCAUGGAACAUUCUAGGCCCCAACAGUAGAGAGAUUCUUCCCCCUCUCAACGUUGACAUUAAAGAGCCAGUGAGUGGCUCCUUCCACUUCAGGGAUGGAGAGGAAGGUAUACGUACGAUUGAGCUGAGGAUUUUCCCCCAUGGGGAAGUUGAAGUAGAAGAGACGUUUAUUGUGGAGCUAAGCAUCCUGUCAGGAGACAUAGAUAUUGACCCUCAAGCUGGCUCCAUCACGCUCAAGAUUGAGAAGUUUGGUGACCCUAAUGGCAUUGUCCAGUUCACUGAGGAUACUCUUAAAGAGCGCACCUACAAUGAGCCCACUGAAGCAGAGGGUCCGCUUAGCAUCUCUCUGUUAGUUACACGCAGAGAGGGCACCAUGGGUAACAUCACGGUCCACUGGCAGCUACAGAGUAAUGCAGAGCUAGCAGGUGACUUCCUCGCCCUGACUGGCAAUGUGGUGAUUGUAGAAGGCCAAAGAGAUGCAGAGGUUAUCCUCAGCCUGAUGCCUGACACCGUACCAGAACUGGAGGAGGUCUACACUGUUGAACUCACAGCUGUAGAAGGUGGUGCCACCUUGGACGCCAGCACAAACCACACUAGCACCUUCAUCAGGGUGCGUGCCAAUGAUGAGCCCCAUGGCAUAUUUGCCCUAAACCCUGAUCACCAGUCCAUCAUGGUGAUGGGUGCUGGCUCUGAAGUCAGUAGAGCUCUGGUUCUUAAUGUAACACGAUUGGCUGGGCUGUUUGGCAACGCCAGUGUGGGCUACAGGAUUACAGGAGGGAUAGCUGGAGGGAUGGACAGCGAGGAGCUGCUAGGAGGCAAGGCUGAAGGGAGGGUGUUGUUGCGAGAAGGGGAGCUCUUUGCUGCUGUCACUGUGUUGAUGAGCAACCAGGUGUUUCUAUCAGUGGGUGAGAAUUUAACAGCAGAACUGACAGAUGUUAAACUGGUCAGUCCUCUUCUCGGCUCCCCGCCUCAUCUCCUUCUGAAGUUGAGAACUGCUACAGUGAGCGUGACAGAAGAGGCUGCGAGCUCUGAGGUUGGCUUCGCCUCCCUGGCUCUGCAGGUGUUAAGCGUGGAGACAGGAACGUUUGAGGCAAAGUUUAUGCGAACAGGGCUGUUUGGAGAAGUCAGAGUGGAGUGGAGUGAAGGUUACCCCCUGGGACAGGCUCCCCCGGGGUUCAGACUUGGAGCCAUCACACCAAGCUCGGGUUCAGUAACUCUAGCCCAUGGAGAGAAGAGUAAGACAGUAUCCCUGAAGGCUCUGCCUGAUGUGUCUGAGCCAGCAGCCUAUGCCAUACACCUUAAAGCUGCUAGCUCCAACACUGCUGCAGCCAGCAUGGUCAGGCUCAGAUCGGGUUUUACCGUGGCAGAGGUGGAGCCGCUAGGUGUAUACCAGUUCUCCCCGCUGUCCCGCCAAAUGGUCAUUGAAGAGGACAUUCAGAUCAUUACCCUGUAUGUCCAGAAGCUCUAUGGUUCCCGUGGCAACCUUACACGCCUGUCCUACUGGACAACAUCAGGCAGCGCGGAAGAGAGAGAAGACUUCAAGGCCGUCCGGAACGGCCAGGUCGUUUUCAACUCGCCACACCAGACCAAUGCCUCUCUCCGCCUUUCUAUACUCGAUGACUCGUUCUCGGAGCCGGACGAGUACUUCUUCGUCAACUUAACAGAUGUUCAUGCCCUUGCUACAGACAUGCGUUUGACUGACGCCUAUCCUCGCCUCAACCCUCAGCACAGUGUUGCCAUGAUCACCAUCCUGGCUAAUGAUGUGACAGGCGGAGUACUUGGCAUUGGACCGCCAAUGAUCCAGACAGCUGAGGACCGAGACGAGGAGACCCAGCAGGAGAGGAGAGUAGUUUUGAGGGUGCGCAGGACUGACAGUCUGGCUGGACCUGUGAGGGUGCGGGUUCAGGCAUAUGGAGGUGGAAGCAUUGCAGGUUCACCCCCACCAUUUCCUCUGGAGCCAAAUGGGACCUUGGCCCAGGAGGGGAGGGACUUCCGCCUGGACUCCACUGUGGUGUCUCUGCGAGCUGGACAGAGAGAGGCAGAGGUCAUCAUCCUCAUCUUGGACGACUCCGAGCCAGAAGGACAGGAAGUGUUUUUCAUUUACCUCAGCGACCCAGAGGGAGGAGGGCAGAUCCCCGACAGUCCGGACCACCAGGGUUUUGGUGCAUUUGCUAAAAUCAUCAUCCUUGGGAGUGACUUUCAUAAUGGCAUAGUUGGGUUCAGUCUGGGUUCUCUGGUGGGCCAGGUUCUGGAUGAGGAUUCGGAGAAUAGAACCGCUCUGCUGUAUCUGCAGAGACAGGAGAACAGAUCCUUUGAGGAUGUGAAGGUCUUCUGGAGAGCUACAUUCAACAAGGCUGCACCAUCCCUGCUCAACAACGGAGUCAACCUGACCAGGGAGCUGCUACAGACCUCUGGGACUGUGCUUUGUAGGAGAGGGGAGAUUAACUGUCUCCUCACUUUGGAGGUCCGCACAGAUGAGGAGCCUGAGUACCAGACGUGGUUCCUGGUAGAGAUCUAUCAGGUGGGCAUCGGUGCUGCCAUCAACCAGUCUGCCCGUUUUGCCAACAUCACCUUAGCGGAGAGUGAUGACCCGCGGGGCCUGGUCUUUUUCGCUGUGGGCUCCAGACUACCUAUAGCCACCAUGAAGACUACGAGGCUCAGUCUCCAAGUCUACAGGCAGGCGAGCACUGCUUCAGCCUUGUCUGUACGCUACCGCAUGCUAGAGCUUCUGCGGGCAGAGGCAGUAGGUCCUUUCAUGGUCUGGCCUGCUGUAGCAGGGAUGGACUUUCUCGAACAAGAAGGCAAGCUGACCUUUGACCUCGGGCAGCGUAGCGCUUCCCUUGACAUCAUCCUGACACCUGACAAGGCCUCGUCCAACCCCACACCCAAACGCUUCCGGGUGGAAAUCUUCGACGCUACAGGAGGGGCCAGAGUGCAUCCUGAAUAUGGGCUGGCGAACGUGACUCUGGUGUCGAACGCAGAGACCCAGGCCAUAUGGGCGUUGCUGGAUCAGUUACAUCAGCCGCUGGAGCCAACCAUAUUGGACCGGGUCUUGCAAGGACUGAUCAACAAAGCUACCAUAUCCCUUACUCCUGAGCAGAUGACUGCCCUGCUUGAAGCUUUGGGGAAGGUGCUAGCCGAGGCAGAGAGGACCCCCCUGGAGGAGAGCAGUCGCGAGUUGACCUACGACCUGCUGUGCGCUUUGGCUAACCCCACCCGAGGUGACACCCGGGGCCUGAGCCAGCUGGCGGAGGUGGCUGAGCGAUUCGCCUUCUCCCUCCUCACGCGGAGCCAGUGUGGAGAGCAGGGACAGAGAGGGCGCACCAUCCUGGACACCUGUCCGUACAUGUCCAUCUCUGCCUACCACUGGUAUCCCACACAGAUCAACGGCCAUACUUUCACAGGCCGAAAUGCAGAUUUCUUCCAGCUCCCUGAAACGUUGCUGGAAGUGCCGGCCCCCGCUGAGAGCACCCUGGCGCCGUCAGCCUGCCGACAGAUACAUCUAACUGAGUACACCACCGAGCACUGGUUCCUCACCAACGAUAAAACCACCUCUCUGAACGGGAAGGUAUUCUCUGUCAGCCUGCAGGGCAGAGGUUCCCGACCCCUGACAAAUGGUAAUGAGGUUGUCUACCGUAUCCACAGCCCUGGCCCGAAGGUUAAACCAGGCCAGUCCUUGUGCCUCCUCUGGAACCAGGCAGCUGAAAGCUGGUUAUCUGACAGUCAGUUUUGCAGAGUUGUGGAAGACACCGGGAACUAUGUGGAGUGUUCCUGUUCCCACUUGUCUGUCUACACGGCCUACGCCGAGCUGGCUGCUCUGGCAUCCUAUAACGAAGCCUUCUACACCUCAGGGUUCAUCUGCAUCUCAGGCUUUGCCUUGGCCAUCACAUCCCAUAUGUUGUGCUCCCGUUUCCCCAUGUUUGCUGCCAAACUGCUCACCCACAUGAUGGUGGGCUGCCUUGGGACUCAGAUCUGUUUCCUGGUGUCUGCGUUCCGUGGUCGUGUGUUCUCUGACGACAGCUGUGCUGCUUUGGCGCUCUUCUCCCACUAUUUCCACCUUAGCCAGUUCUCCUGGAUGCUUAUACAGGCUGUGAACUUCUGGCAAGUGUUGGUAAUGAACGACGAGCACACGGAGCGUCGCUACCUGCUGUACUUCCUCUUGGGCUGGGGACUUCCUGCUCUUGUCAUCAUUUUACUGGUCAUCGUGCUGCUGGGAGGCUUUGGGUGGAGCAUACAUGCCGUCUAUGGAUUGGUCCAAGGAGAUGUGUGUUUUAUCCCAAACAUCUACGCAGCCCUGUGCACAGCGGUGCUUGUGCCUCUCGUCUGUCUGGUUGGAGUGUUGGUUGUCUUCAUCCAUGCCUACCAAGUCACCCAGCAGUGGAAAGCCUAUGAUGACGUCUACCGUGGACGCGCCAACAGCACAGAAGUGCCAAUGGUGCUGUACCUGUUCCUGCUCAUUUCUACAGUCUGGUUGUGGGCAGGCCUCCAUAUGGGCUACAGAUACCUGUGGAUGCUUAUCCUUUAUGUCAUCUUCAACUGUCUGUUGGGCCUGUAUGUGUUUGCUGUGUACUUUGUAAUGCACAACCAGCUGUGUUGGCCGGCCAAAGCCAGUUACACGGUGGAGAUGAGCGGCCAUGAUGGUCCUGACUCCGCAUACCAGGGUGGGGGAGCUGCCACCGUAGGAGGCGAGAUCAGCAAAUCUACUCAGAAUCUCAUCAGUGCCAUGGAGGAGGUGUCCGCAGACUGGGAGCGGGCUUCGCUGCGGCCCAGCAGCCAGCCCAGUAGUGUGUAUAAGCCCAGUCCUGUGAUGGAGACCUACUCCACAGAGGGAGGCUUUGUCAACACCAGUCUGGUCACUGGAGAUGAGGAGUCACAGGAGUUCGACGACCUCAUAUUUGCCUUAAAGACUGGGACUGGCCUUAAUGUAAAUGAUAACGAGUCCAUCCAUGGAAGCCACGAUGGAGUGAGCGUGGCCAACUCCCAAAUUGUUGAGUUGAGACGGAUCCCCAUCGCCGACACACACCUCUAACCACCGUUCAGCCCUCCAGCCCCGCAACCGUCCCUUUUUAUGCCAGAGAGGAAGAAAAAUACACCACAGUAUUUUUGUAUCUCAACUCCAUUUGCACUAAAAUGGCUUUUUUUUGUUGAAUGGAAAUGUUUUCUUAUAGUUGCUUGAUAUGAAAGUUUGUGAUAUUUACUGUACAUCUCAAGAACAUAUAAAUGUUUUACUAAAUUAAUUUUUAAAAGUCGAUUUUUUUUUGUGGAAGCAGAGAAAAAGUUCCCCCUAGAUGUAUAUAUUCUUUCUUCUGUCUAGAUCUUAGGACAAGACAAAGCCAGAGGUGCCCUCAGCACAACUCUACUUCUGCUAGGGAUGGAGAUUGUGU